GACCCUGAGGGGACCCUGAGGGGACAGCGGGGGGACACCAAAGGGACACAAAGGGACACAAAGGGACACCGGGGGGACCCCGAGGGGACAGCGGGGCCAUGCGGCUGCUGCGGUGCCUCGGCAAGCGCGCGGCGCUGGCCGGCGUCCCCACCUACAUCGAGCACUUCAGCAAGUUCUCGCCGUCGCCGCUCUCCAUGAAGCAGUUCCUGGACUUCGGCUCCAGCAAUGCCUGUGAGAAGACGUCCUUCGCCUUCCUGCGCCAGGAGCUGCCCGUGCGCCUCUCCAACAUCAUGAAGGAGAUCAACCUGCUCCCGGACCGGGUGCUGCGCACGCCCUCGGUGCAGCUGGUGCAGAGCUGGUAUGUCCAGAGCCUGCUGGACAUCAUGGAAUUCCACGACAGGGACCCUGAGGACCAAGCCACGCUGGGACAGUUCACCAACGCGCUGGUGACAAUCCGGAACCGGCACAACGACGUCGUCCCCACCAUGGCGCAGGGCGUGAUCGAGUACAAGGAGACCUACGGGGACGACCCCGUGUCCAACCAGAACAUCCAGUACUUCCUGGACCGCUUCUACCUGAGCCGCAUCUCCAUCCGCAUGCUCAUCAACCAGCACACCCUGCUCUUCGAUGGCAGCACCAACCCCGCGCACCCCAAACACAUCGGGAGCAUCGACCCCCACUGCAACGUGGCCAACGUGGUGAGAGACGCCUACAACAUGGCCAAGCUGCUGUGUGACAAAUACUACAUGGCCUCGCCCGACCUGGAGAUCGAGGAGGUCAACGCCUGCAACUCGGAGCAGCCCGUGAGCAUCGUCUACGUCCCGUCCCACCUGUACCACAUGCUCUUCGAGCUCUUCAAGAACGCCAUGAGAGCCACGGUGGAGAGCCACGAGAGCAGCCCCCGACUGCCGGCCAUCAGGGUGCUGGUGGCCCUGGGCCAGGAGGACCUGUCCAUCCGGAUGAGCGACAGGGGCAUGGGGGUGCCCCUGAGGAAGAUCGAGCGGCUCUUCAGCUACAUGUACUCCACUGCCCCCACCCCCCAGCUGGGCUCCGGGGGCGCCCCCCUGGCCGGCUUUGGCUACGGGCUGCCCAUCUCCCGCCUCUACGCCAAGUACUUCCAGGGCGACCUGCAGCUCUUCUCCAUGGAGGGCUUCGGCACCGACGCCGUCAUCUACCUGAAGGCGCUGUGCACGGAGUCGGUGGAGCGGCUGCCCGUGUACAACAAGUCGGCGUGGCGGCACUACCAGGCCAGCCAGGAGGCGGGGGACUGGUGCGUGCCCAGCACCGAGCCCAAGAACACCUCCACCUACCGCGUGCCCUGAGCCCCCCCGGGACCCCCCAGCCCACCCGCGAGGGGUCCCCGGGGGGGUUUGGCGUUUCGAGGGCACUGGGGGGGUGUCCUGGUGUCCCCGCCUUGGUGGCGCUUGGGGACAGGGCUGGGGGGGGUUGGAGCAGUGCCUGUUGUUCCCUCACUGCCCCCCAAAGUCGCCACCCGCCCCGGGGGUGUCCCCCAUCCCAGCAAGGGACUGCUCCUGUCCCAGUAGGACCAGUAGCACUUCCCUGCACCCUGGUGGGGUGGGGGCACCAGGCCUGAGCCCCCCUGCCAUGUCCCUGUCCCCGUGUCCUCCCUUUUGUUGCACUACUGAGCUGUCCCCAGCCCCCCCACUUGCUGUGACCUGCUCAACCCCCAAAUUCCCCCAGACCCCCCCAGACCCCUCCCCACUGUCAAUAAAUCGGAUGUUGACUGAA